UUCCUUCAGGACUCGGGAUCGAUCUGGAGCUCCGGGAAUUUCCCUGGCGCGGCCGCUCCGGGCUUUCCAGUCUCAACUUUGUAUAAAAAGAGUUCGCCGAUCUGGCGAAGCCACAGAGCUCGGGUCGCAGUCACCUCCCCGCCAGCUCUCCCGCUUCUCGCACAGCCUCCCGACCCGUCUGCUGAGCCCCAUGGCCCUCGCCGCGCUCUCCGCAGCUCCCAGCAAUCCCCGGCUCCUGGGGGUGGCGCUGCUGCUCCUGCUCCUGGUGGCCUCUGGACAGCGCGCAGCAGGAGCGCCCGUGGCCGCUGAACUGCGCUGCCAGUGCUUGCAGACCCUGCAGGGAAUUCACCCCAAGAACAUCCAAAGUGUGACUGUGAAGGCCCCAGGACCCCACUGCGCUGAAACCGAAGUCAUAGCCACACUCAAGAAUGGGCAGAAAGCUUGUCUCAGCCCCGCAUCCCCCAUGGUUCAGAAAAUCAUCCAAAAGAUACUGAACAAGGGUAGCACCAACUGACUGGAGUGAAGUAAGAAGCUUAUCAGCCUAACAUUGACACUUCCUGCAGGAUGGUCCCUGCCCUUACCAGAGUUGAAAAUGAAAAAGAGAACAGCUGCUUUCUAGGGACACCUGGAAAGGACUUAAUGUGUUUGACUAUUUCUUAUGAGGGUUCUACUUAUUUAUGUAUUUAUUUAUUUUUGAAAGCUUGUAUUUUAAUAUUUUACAUGUUGUUAUUUAGAGAUAUGAGUGUGUUUCAUCAAACAGAGCUCAGUCCUGAUUAUUUAAUUGGAAUAUGAUGGGUUUUAAAUGUGUCAUUAAACUACUAUUUAGUGGGAGACCAUAAUGUGUCAGGCACCUUGAUAAAUGAUAGGGUGGGGAAUUGGAGGGCGGGGUUUGGAAUGUAAGCAAUGAGUGGAUCACUUUUAGGGUAAGGGAAUGUCCGUGCACAUCUAUAUUUUUAUACUUUUUUUAAAAAAAGAAUGUCAGUUGUUAUGUAUUGAAAUUACUUCACAUUAUGUGUUUAGCAUUUUUACGCUGAAGUUUCCCUUGGACAUUUUAUGUCUCACUUGUAAGGCAUAAUGCCUUGUUUAAUGUCCAUUCUGCAGUGUUUCUCUUUGCCUUGGAAAAGAGAAGUUACUAUUACUGUUACAUUUUUACAAAUGACAUGAUAAUAAAAGUUUUAUG